CCAUUCACCACGGGGCUGUGUCGCGACCAAGCUAGCUGCUAACCUGCGGCAUGUGUAAUGAAUCAGUGAGUCGGCGUUAGCAUCGCCUGUUCGGUAGUAACAGUAUUUAUUACCCGUAGUAUCAGCUGGUGAAUACAUAUAUAUUUAUAUAUAUAUUUGUUUUAUCUUAAAGGACACUUUCCCGGCUGGUGCAGUGGUAACCGACGUCUCGUGUAAUGGGAGAGACACGGAGGUCAGAUGAGCGGCGGGCUGUCAACACGAAUGUUCGAGUAGCGAGCCUGCUGUCGCCCUGACAGCCGUCCGUUGAUACCGUAGCACCGGAUAAAAUUCAAUCUGAAUCAUGCCCGGGAAGCUGAAGGCCAAAAUAGUGGCAGGGCGCCACUUGCCUGUGAUGGACCGAGCCAGUGACCUCACUGACGCGUUUGUAGAGGUUAAGUUUGGAAACACAACGUUCAAAACUGAUGUAUUUCCCAAAUCCCUGAAUCCACAGUGGAACUCGGAAUGGUUCAAAUUUGAGGUUGAUGAUGAAGACCUACAGGAUGAACCGUUGCAGAUCACAGUGUUGGACCAUGACACGUACAGUGCUAAUGAUGCGAUAGGGAAGGUUUACAUUGACAUUGACCCACUGCUGUGCAGUGAGGCUGCCUCUGUCAUCUCCGGCUGGUUUCCCAUCUAUGACACCAUCCAUGGUAUUCGAGGGGAGAUCAAUGUCCUUGUCAAAGUGGAGCUCUUCAAUGAUUUGAACCGCUUCAGACAGUCGUCCUGCGGGGUUAAGUUCUUCUGCACCACAUCCAUUCCUCGGUGCUACCGGGUGGCGAUGGUUCAUGGCUUUGUGGAGGAACUGGUGGUUAAUGAAGAUCCAGAAUACCAGUGGAUCGACCGCAUUAGAACUCCUCGGGCUUCCAAUGAGGCUCGUCAGAGGCUCAUCUCUCUUAUGUCUGGAGAGUUGCAGAGGAAAAUAGGGCUUAAGGUACUGGAGAUGGGCGGGAAUACAGUGGUGGGCUACUUGCAGUGUUUUGAUCUGGAGGGAGAGUCUGGCCUGGUGGUCCGUGCCAUAGGUACUGCCUGCACACUGGACAAACUCACCUCUGGAAGUGCCCCCAACACCAACACACACGUGCACCCUUACACGGCCCCUGCUUCUAAUGCCUGCAAUUCCCCUUCUAAGGAUGGAAAGGAGCCGGUAUUUGGUGAGGAUCUGCCCUCCUUCUCCGGCCCACCUACCCCUUUCAGAGCCCUACCCACCUCCUCCUCCUCUCCUCCCCCCUUCUCUCCCUCCAAGCCAUGCAGCCGCCAGUCCUCAUCAUCAGACACAGACCUCAGUUUGACGCCCAAGACGGAGGAGCCCCAGCCAGUGAGAUGCAGGCCUGGGAUCUUCCUCUGCCCCAGCUCCCCCACCCUCUCCACAGACAAUCUGUCCCUUCCUGGUUCUGGCUCAGUGGGCUGUGGUCUCGGUUCUGCCCCCAGAGCCACCACCCCGCCCCCUAUCUUCUCCAUCCAAUCAGACUCUACCUUGCUGAGUAAGAACGUGUCAUUCACUGAGGACCUGCUGCUGGCAACCUCUGGUAUGGGCAGUGGGGGCAGUGUUGGGAAGGAGGCAGGGCCUCUGAAGACCCUUCUCAGACAACAGACGCAGACGGCUCUCGAACAGAGGGAGUUCCCGUUCUUCACGUUGACCACUUUCCCGCCUGGUUUUCUGGUCCAUGUCGGUGGCGUGGUCAGCGCUCGCUCUGUCAAACUACUCGACCGAAUACACAACCCUGAUGAGCCAGAGACUCGCGAUGCCUGGUGGGAGGAGAUUCGCCAGGAGAUCAAAUCUCACGCCAAAGCUCUUGGCUGCCACGCUGUUUUGGGGUACAGUGAGAGCACUAGCAUCUGUGAGGAGGUGUGUAUCCUGUCGGCAUCAGGCACAGCAGCCAUCCUGAAUCCUCGAUAUAUGCGCGAAGGCUGCCUCGACGUCGGAAACACUGAUCACAGGUUUGAGGAUCCAUCUCCCCCAACCUGCGGUUUCUGUCACAUCCCCUAUGAUGAACUCAAUAUGCCAUUUCCAGCCCAGCUCACAUACUGUUACCACUGCAGACGACAAAAGGUUCCUGAUGUGCUGUUCACAACAAUCGACAUGCCACAUGAAGCAGCUGUCACAGGGAAGGGCUGCCUUAUCCAGGCCAGACUGUGUCGUCUGAAGAAGAAAGCCCAGGGAGAAGUUAACGCGACGGCCAUCUCCAACCUGCUGCCGUUUAUGGAAUACGAGCUGCACACUCAGCUAAUGAACAAACUGAAGCUGCGGAGCAUGAACGCUCUUUUUGGUCUACACAUACAGAUCAGUGUCGGCGAGAACAUGCUCCUGGGUCUGGCUUCUGCCACAGGAGUGUACCUGACAGCAUUGCCGGCACCAGGGGGAAUUCAGAUUGCGGGGAAGGCUCCCAGCGACCUGAGCAAUGACCAUCACAUCCUCACCAUCCAGAAAAGGAUCAACGACACUAUAUCCAAGAACAAAGAGCUUUAUCAAAUAAACCCUCCGAAAUUAUUUGCCCUGGACCCUGAAGUGUUCGGCAGCAUAAACAUGGAGCUGGUGGAGGAAGUGGUGGGCUCCCCGAUCCCCGAGCCAAGGCAGCGAUCCAGACUUUUUCGCUCUCAUUCGGAGAGCUCUGAUGAACUGUCAGAACUAGACCUCUCCCAUGGCAAGAAGGAUGCCUUUGUCCUGGAGAUUGAUGACACUGACGCUGUGGAGGACAUCCACUCCCUCCUCACUGAUGCCCCUCCACCCACAGGUUUCUACAGCUGCAACACUGAGAUCAUGCCUGGGAUUUACAACUGGACUUCAGGAGUGCAGAUGUUUACAUCAGUGAGGGUCUUCCGGUUGAGUAAUGCCAAUCUUACAAAUCAAGGAUUGAACAAGAUCUUCACUGACCUAUGCGAGAACCUACUUAAGAGUUUUUACUUCAAGCUGCGCUCUAUGAUCCCCUGCUGUCUUUGUCAUCUCAACUUCACCGUGGCAGUGCCAGAAGACGAACUCAUACAGGUCGCAGUGACAGCAGUUGCCAUGACGUUUGACAAGGACCAGGCGCAGGAAAAGCCACCAGACAAGCUGAUCACCAAAGGGUGCAGUGAGACCGAAGAGCAGCUGCAGUUUGCCAUGGAGUUGUGCGCAGACUCAUCAUCAACCAACAUUCUGCAAACAUCCAAAAUCUCAGGUGUCCCAGAGAGCACCAACAUCUCACCCAGAGCUGCCUCCGUUGAUUACGGUUCCUUUGCAGACAGAUGCAGCACCUGGCUAGAGCUGCUUAGGCUGAAAGCUCACACCAUAAGACGAGGAUCAGUUAAGACAAGUAGGAGGACACAGUCUCUAGCACACUCUGUCUCCUCUUUGGAUCGCUGCAGUCCGUUGCCCGAAGGACGUUCCCGCUCACUGCGCUCCAACCGCUCGUUUGGGGGAAGUUCAGUCACCGUGGUGAAGAUGACGCCGCUCUCCUUCCUCCCCGGGACACGCAUCAUUAAAUAUCUUGGGAUCAUCAACAUGUUUUUUAUCAGAGAGACAACGUCAUUACGAGAGGAAGGUGGUGUUAGUGGCUUCCUGCAUUCGUUCAUAGCAGAGGUGUUUGCAAUGGUUCGAGCUCACGUAGCAGCCCUGGGUGGUAAUGCUGUAGUGUCCUACAGCAUGAAGGAGUGCAUGUUAAUGGAAAAUCCAAACAAGAACCAGGCUCAGUGUCUCAUCAAUGUGAGUGGUGAUGCCGUCAUCUGUGUCAUGGAGACAGACUCGGAGCCGAUGCCCUCAACAACAAAUAUCGGACAGACCUGUAGUGGGGAAGCUGAUGUGGCUACAUGACAAUGAAAUGCAGAGACUCACUCUAUUUUCAGGACACAAUCAGAGUCAACACACUAUAGCCGUCCAAAUGAGUAAUUUAUGUUUGCCUUAAAACUCUGUUAAAAGAUCCAAAGGUUUGGACACAGGUAACAAAGAGCAAGUAUUUUCUCUCUCUCACACACACACACACACACACACACACGCACACACACACACACACACACACACCUCAUCUAAAUUAGAUUAGGAUGUUUCUUUUUAUGUUUUGUUGUAAAGAGAGCAUUUGUGCAUGACAUGCUAAGGUAGCUUUUUGAAAAUUAGAUAAUCAGAGAGUAUUUUAAAACUUUUUUGGUUAAAACAUCAGCCAGAGAACCCGUCUGCAUCCAAUUUCUGCCUGUGUAUCACAGCCGUCCACAUUGUACACACACAGCUACAGUAUCUCGGCCAUUCCUUUGUGUGUCGCAUGCAUGACGUGAGGCAGCUAUGACUAAUUUGUCCAUCCACACAUCACAGGAGUCAGUAGAUGGACUCGCCAAAAGGGACACAGUUGUAAACCAUCAGAUGGAUCAAAGGCAGAGUGUUCGGCUCAGACUUGUGUAACAUCAUCUGUCCAUUUCAGAGUUGACAGAAAAAGGGUUUGUCAGGCAAGACAAGUAUUUAAAUGUCAACAUGGCCUUGAAUUUACAUUUUAAAAGCUAAACUCCAAACAAUGAAGGCAAACCUAUGAUUUUCUUUUUUUUAUAUUUAUGUAAUUGUCAAUUGGUGUCCAAUUUUAAUCUAAAUUUGAUUUUGUAUUGAAUCUGUUGACGGAUAAUCUUCCUAAUGAUAACUCGCAGUAUUGCUUGUUGCAGUAUCUUCAAAUAUUGAUGCCACAGAUUUCAACCUUGUUUUUAUUCUAAGGUAUGACUCACGUUACACACAUGAACAAACAGGCCACGAUUACAGGCAUUGUACACGCUUAUAUUUGUGGAAUGGACAUUUUCCUUUUACCACAGCCAUUGCCAUGUAUUCCAGUUACUAUUUUAUGAAUUAAAACUUUUUUUGUUGUUGCUGAGAGUGGGAGACGGGUAUAAAUGGAGCAGACAUGCAGCCUUAGACAUACUGUGGCCCUUUGGGGUUUUGCAAAAAUAUUUCAUUGGAUAUAGUCCUUAUGACAGAAUGAGAUCUUUAGCUGUGUUUGUUGAAGCAACUGUUGCUCCACUUGCGGCUCCAGCCAUUAGUAUCUCUUCUCGAGGCUCCUUGCCGUCAGUGUCAAAUAGCACAUCCUUGACCAAGCCCUCAUCACUGUUGCUUUGGCAUUUGUCUCCUAAAUAAUAGUCCUGCUACUGAUCUGUCCACCUCUGACAUUCAUGUCCAAUGCUGGAAUAGAAAGCAUCUCUUUAUGCAGGUGCCACCUGGAAAAUAAACAGUGUAAAUGUUCUCUUAAAUCAGAUUUGAGUAUUUUUGUAACAUAAAAUGUAUGAAACCUACUGCUCAUUUUGCUUGUGCAAUGAACUCCUGAUGUUUUUGACUCAUUGUGUCAAAAGAAUUGGUGAUACUCUUUUUGUGUGCUCAGCAGUUUGUGACCCGCUUCUUAUAUUUGUGUCUAAAACUUGAAUGUACAUACUUAAAUGCUUUUGCUUUCUGACUAGCGGCAUGCAGACCCACUUUUUGUUGCCAUGAAUCUAUAUGCUCGCCGGGUAAGUCUUGCACAAUAAACUCAGUCAAACCAUGA